AUGGCUGAUGCCCUUCCACAUCGGCCUGACCGCCGCGUCAACGGCUCGCCUCCGCCUACACAAUCGAAGCGAGACAAGCGCCGCCAAAUGCUUGUCGACCGUCUUGCCUCGCUCUCGGACAAGCUCAAUAAGGAUAGAGACCAGGGAUUUCGCGAGCAGCUGCACAAGAUUCAGAUCGACACCACACUGGUCAUGAGAGUCGACCCUUACGUGGAUCGGCCGCUGGAUGGCUUUGAGCAAGACCAGCAGAGACUUCAGCAGCUCAACGGAGACGGCGACGGUCAGUCAGGGCCCCAGAGUCUCCUUGACAGGGCGGGGCCGAGGUUCUCCAAAUGGAUGGAGAAGGUGCAAGAUCUGAUUGAACAACGGGACUAUGCCCUCACCAAGUACAAGUUCGAUUACGAGAAGAAAACGUCCGAGUACCUUACUACACAUGCAUUCAAAAUCGAAACCGCGAAUAGAGAAUACCGCGCUCUGUCCCAGACGCUCCGCGACCGCCUAAUAAACGUCAUUAUGAGCAAGAAGUCUCGGCUGAACAAGGAGAAGGAGGCGCUCGAGAUUUCGGACGCUGCCGCCCUCCUGCUCCAUCCCAGCCAAUUCAGCAUCACCAACCCUGCCAGUCCAGGCGGCGCGCAUGGCAAGCGAGCGACACGGCAACGCCGUGAGAUGGAAGACAUGACAUUUGAGAACAAAAAGAGGAAGCGCAUGAAUAACAACAAUGACGACGACGGCUCGCCAGCACCACAGCGCCGGGCUUUGGAUGCCUCCGGCACCACACCGCUUUGGCAGACGGACCGGCUAUCUUCGCGCAAGGCCACCGGGACGGUGUACAGCAUCGAUAAGCUCUUCACUGACAAGGAGCUCGGAAUGACAUCGAGCGCGGCGACUCUGGCCGCCAGGAAGUACAUACUUACACAUAAGCCCAAGCUCGACGAGCACGGGCGCCCCAUCAAAUCGCCUGACGGUAGCGACUCGGGAGCCGGCGAAAACGAUGAUGAAGGGUCGGACUCGGUUCCUUCAGCUCCCAUUAUGGAAAGGAACGUGUCGCAUGCCACACGGAGUGCCCGCGGGGGAACCAACAAUGCUAAUUUUGUGGACGACAAGCUCAUGGGCAUGGAGAUGCUAGCCAGCUUUGACUUCCAGGGCAACUUUGACCGCAUGCUCGCGGCGGAGCCAAAAUUACCACCGACGUUCCCGUCGACGUACAUCAAGGGCAACAAAAUGGAGUACAACGUCCCCACCACGCUCAGCGCCGACGAUGUGCACGCCGACAUGGCGGUGAUGCAGGCGCUGAAGCAGUACGACGAUACACACGGUGUGGGUUCCAACUUCUCGGUGGAGAACGGCAGUCGAAAGCUGCUGGAGGCAGCGUCGAUGCCGGCACAGGACCACCGUUUUGUUGCGUAUCUGCAGGGCGAGCGGCCGUCGGAGAACCAAGUGAGGAAGCAGCUGGGGCUUCCCGUAUUGUCGGACGUGGUUGAGCCGGUCAUGUCGGAGCGAGCCGGCACCCCUAAAAUCGGCCAUGGAGGGACGCCGGGGCCUUCACCAGCCAAGGGUUCGGCAUUGGGAGGCGUGCCAAUGAGCAGGCAGUCGAGUGCGAACGGCGUGGCCAUGAGCCGGAGUAGCAGUCGGAAAGGCGGACGAGGCGGGCGGGGCGGGUGA